AUGAAUAGUUUAUAUAAAAUAUAUUUACGAUACCAAGCUCUCAAACGUGCCUUCAAAUCUACUAAACUAUAUCUUAGAUAUGCCUAAUUUAAAGAAGAAUUGGAAGACUAAAAGCUCAAUAGAAUCUGUGUGGGACAAGAUCGUAUGGGUAAUAAGUUUUAUCAAUAUUAUUCCUACUAUGGAUUACCCACUAAAAGAGAAAUUCGCUUUAAAGAUGAUCGGGAAAGAAUAGUAAACGAUUUAGCAUAUUAUGAUUGGCUAUAUAAACGAAUUGAAUAACCACCCACAGAAGAGCAGGUUGAGCAAUUCUAUAAAGAGGAGUAAUUGCGUUUUUAAAGAGCCAGAGAAUGGGAUGAAUAACAAGAAAAGAUGAUGUUAGCAUUUUAUGAACAACGAAAAAUUAGAGAAGAAUAAUACAAGAAAGCUUAUUUGGAAUAGAAAAACUUUAAUCAAAAUCCUGAGGUAUUUGCAGAAAUAGCCAGCAAUUCAGAGUUGAAAUAAGAAUCUCAAAAUGAGUAAUGGUAACCAAAAUCAAAGCGCUGAUUUCAUAAUAUUAAUUACAUAUAUUUAGUUAAGAAUUAUCAA